AUGGAUCGACGAUACUGGACCAGUGUGAUCGAAUCCUGUAGAAGCCGCAGCACUGCAACGGACAUUGACGAUCGAGUCUGCCGUCUCUUCCGCUGUGAUGAUGUCUUCAUGUUCAACAAGCUCAUCGAGAUGCACGGUAAUUGCAACAACAUCGAUCGAGCUCGACAGAUUUUCGACAAGCUCAGCUCCAAAAGAGACGCAUUGUCGUGGGAGAGAAUGCUUGCCGUAUACUGCCGCGGCGAGCAAAUGCAUCACGCCACCCAGAUCUUUAAUGAGAUGCCACAACGGAGCCUUCUCUCCGCGACUGCCCUUUUAACUGCAUAUGCCCAUUCAGGGCAUAUUGACCACGCAAAACUAACGUUUGAUUCCAUUCCCGAGCUUGAUCUUGUGUGUUGGAACGCAAUGCUGGCAGCUUUCGUCCAGCACAAGAACUUAGAAGGGGCAAAAAUUAUUUUCUGGAGUAUGCCCUCUCCUGGCAUAGUGUCGUGGACCGCUUUACUAACAGCAUAUGCCCAAGAAGGGCAUUUGUAUGAAACAAAGGCUCUUUUUGACCGGAUGCCAUUGGUUAACGUGGUGUCAUGGACGGUCAUGAUCUCUGCUCACGCCCAAAAUGGCUACCUCUUUGCCGCUAAGACCCUGUUUGACGAGAUGCCCGAGAGGGAUGUGAUUUGCUGCAAUGCAAUGUUGGCGGCUUUUGCUCAGAACGGGCAUUUAGAAAAAGCUCUAGAGCUUUUUCAUGACAUGGAGGAGCGAAACUUGUCCACGUGGAAUGCCAUGCUGACGGCAUUUGCCCAAAAUGGCCACCUGUCAGAUGCCCAGCGCGUUUUCCACAGGAUCCCACAGCGCGAUCUCGUGACGUGGAAUGCCAUGCUGGUGGCAUUUGGAGAGAGCGGUGACAUGGACAGGGCAAGGGGGGUGUUUGUCGAUAUGCCCCGGCUGAAUCUGGAAGGACGGAUAAAAGAAUCUAGGUCUGUGUUUCUCUCCAUGCCAGAGCGAGACAUGGUAGCAUGGACAUCCAUGAUAGACACAUAUGCCCAGUUUGGGCAUUUGGAAGAGGCAAAGCACCUCUUUGACCUCAUGCCACAUCGGAGUCUAGUGACGUGGAACUCCAUGCUGGCAGCCUUUAUCCAAGGUGGACACGUAGAAGAUGCUAAGAAGUUUUUCGAUACCAUGCCACAGCAAAACGUAAUCUCUUGGACAGCCAUGCUCGUGGCAUAUGCCCAAGGGCGGUAUUUGGGAGAGUCCAAGGUUAUGUUUGAUGAAAUGCCACAGAGGAAUCUAGUAUCCUGGAAUGCCAUGUUCUUUGCAUAUGCGCAGAACGGGCAUAUGCUCCAAGCGAGGAUAUUCUUUGAAAGGAUGCCUAGGAAAGAUUCCGUGUCAUGGAACUCCUUGCUCGCGGUUUACACCCACAACGGCCUCUUCCGCGACACGUUUGAUGCGUUUGAUGCCAUGAAGAUGCUGGACAGCGUCGAUUCUAGAGACCAGGGUAUAUUCGUGUCGGUGCUGGUCGCGUGUAGCCAGGCAGGGAACGCAUCGCACGGCCGCGGUUGCUUCCAGUCCAUGGCGAUGGAUUUUGGAGUGGAGGCGACACACCAGCACUACUGCUGCGUGGUGGAUUUGCUUGGUCGGAGUGGCUACUUGGAAGAAGCCCAAGAUCUAUUACAAACCAUGCCCUUUGUUCCCGAUGCUCUGGAGUGGACGAGUUUCCUUGGAGCUUGCAAGAGCCACAGUAGCUUCGCCCGUGGAAGCUAUGCCGCGAGGAAGCUGGUGGAGCUAAGUGCCAAGGAAGGAGGAGCCUUUGUUCUCGUGGCACACAUGUACUCGCUCGCUAAUAACAAGAGCUCGGAAGAAAAAGAGCCGCGGGCAUGCGAAUCGAGAAUGCGGGCGAUUCAAUCGAUCGCCCUUCAACAAAAUAUGUGUUUGCAAUGA